AUGGACUAUUUAUUUUGGAUAUUCUAUCUCUACGACAGGAAGAUAAGCAUUGGCGUGCAGUUCAUUCUCACAUUUCUAACUUAUCUGCUCGUUAAGUACCGAUACAGACAGCCUUCUACUUACCUCGUUCUAAAAAAGAGUACCAAGGAGCGUCUAAUAAAGGCAUUCAAUCCCGAGCCGUUGAUUUUAGAUAGCGUUACUCCUUACAAAUUUAAAACGGUCAAAUAUAACUUUAGCAACCACGAUGUUUUUAAUCUCGGAAGGAAGUUCAAAGAUGAGAUCAAGGCCACUAUUAGAGAGUACGGUGUAGGAACUUGCGGCCCACGCGGAUUUUAUGGUACAUUAGAUAUCCACCUGGACCUCGAAAAGAAAAUAUCCGAGUUGUUUGGUAAGGAUGCAGCAAUUAUCUACUCAAACUACUUCACCUGUGUACAAAGCGUGAUCUCCUGCUUUUGUAGGGCAAGAAACAACGUAUUUGUACAUACAAAGGCCUUCAAUGCUAUUCAUAGCGGAGUUCUCCUUUCUCGUGCCAACAAACAUACAUAUGACACGCUGGAGGAUCUAAAGCACAAACUCGACACAGAUUUAACAGACAAAUACCUGAUAGUGGAGAGAAUAGGAUGGAACACAGGGGAAAUGGUAGAUCUAAACACCAUUGUAGAUCUAAAGAAAAGAUAUGGAUUCAGGAUAAUACUGGAUGAGGCAUGUAGCAUUCCAUUUGUGUACCAGAAGCCUGAAGAUCAGGAUCUGUAUUCUCAGAUAGAUCUUAUAAUAGGAUCAUUAAGUCUGGGAUAUCCUACGAAUGGAGGAUUCUGUGCUACAUGCAGAGAAGCUGUUGAUUAUCAGAGGCUGAGUGGAUCGGCAUAUGUGUUCAGUGCCUCACUUCCGGCUUUCUUGUCCAAGGCAGCAUUGUGCAUGCUAGCCGAGACGCUAGACUACAGAAGGAUCAGAGAAAAAAUCAAGAAGGCACAAGAGCUCAUUCCAGGCAUAGUUUCUACAAGCAAAUCGCCAAUACUCUUAAUAAAAUGCGAUGACCUAUAUGAAAAGCAUAAUCAACUGAGGGAGGAAGGAUAUGUGAUUGGUAUGUGUGGGGAGUAUCUGAGAAUUUGUAUAAAUGAAGAGUGCGAUGAGAAAGAUCUAAAGGCAGUUGGGGAUAUACUAAUCAGAAAUAAAUGA